GCAAAUUCUUUAUACACCAAUGAUGUACAGACACUCUAUUCACUGGUCAUGAAUAUCCUUAAUCAUCGUAGAACUAUUGAUAUGAGUAUGCCUGAGUAUUUAGGUCGGAUUGAAGCAUUACAACAAGAAUACCAUAAUCUUAUGCCAGAAGGAUGUUGAUGAUCACAUUAAACAAUGUGACAAGUUUUUUAUGGUACUUGCUCUGGCUGGCCUUCGUCCCGACCUUGCUCAUGUUCGUGAUCAAAUUUCGACUAGUCCUACUGUACUCACCUUGAAUGAGACUGCUAGACUGCUCAAAGUUGCAUCUGCUCCUUCCGUUGAGGCUAUUCGAGAUUUUUCGGUUUUGGUCUCUCGAGCUGCAAAAAAUGAGCUGUCUGGACAUACUAGUAACAAUGGUGGUCGUCGUGGUACCCGUCCGCGAUGUGAGUAUUGUAACAAGGUGGGACACACCAAGGGUCGCUGCUGGAAAUUACAUGGCAAACCUCCACGUUCUGUCAAUAUGGUGCAGACCACUGGUUCAGAGACUCAGGCUCAUAGUAGUUUCACCCCAAGUGACUAUGAAGAGUACCUCCAGUUUAAAGCCUCCCGAGAUGUCACUCCCACACCUCCUCCUAAUCCUGGAUCGCAGUAUGGGGAAGGUGAUUGGUACCGGGCUUGAGUCAUAGGGUCUCUAUUACAUGCGAGGAGGUGUUGCUACCAGUGCAUCCACGGAUUCCCCUAUGCUUAUCCAUAGUCAUCUUGGUCAUCCGAGUCUCUCCAAAC